AUGAGCGGCGGGGGAGGAAUCGACGGGGACGGACGCACUGAAAAUAGCAGCGGCGAAGGAGCUACGAGCAGCAGGUGUGGUGCGACUUCUCGUACGCGAGCGUCAUCGCGGCCACGGCGUGGCCCCGGCCUCUCGGAGAUGACUGGAGUUUCCAUGGAGCUUUCGAAUAGUGGUGAUGGUGCAUUGGAGACUGGAAACCAUCGUGGAGGGAUGAGUGGAGGCGGUGAAGUGGAGAAAACCGAAGAAGGCGUGGGGGACGAUCAAGACAGUGAUAGUGGCGGCUCGAGCGAUGACGCUGAAGGCACAGAUGACGCUAGUGGGGACGAAUUGGUGCACGUGGAGCCGCCUGCGGAGACUAUGUCGCGUUCGGAGCGUAACAAACGUUUGCGACGAACCAAGAAGGGCGCUGAUGAUUCUCAGCUGGUACCUGAUCAAUUCGAUCCGUAUCAACGUACGUACAUAUGUACGCACGGCUGGAAAAAGAGGAAGUCACGUGGCGAAGGCAGUCGACCGCGCCAACAUAUCCCGCUCACUGACUGUCCUUUUCGCUUCGUAGUGCAGUGGAACCUGUCUCGUGGGGAGCUGCAAGUGAAGAACGGCUGCUUCAAGCACAACCACAGGGUCAGUGCGGCUGCUUAUGCGACCUAUCCUACUUCUCGUGGAGUUACGAACCCUCUAGUGGGUGCACGUGUGGAUGGCAUGUUGGCUGGUGGUGCUAAAAGGUCUAGGAUCUACGACUACCUCUUGGACCACGAUCAGAAUGUGAUCCAGGUCGACGUCGACAAUUUGGUGCGUGAGCAUGCAUCCAGUGUUGCGUCGGUAGAUGACAAUGACGCCACGGCGAGAGAGAUUGCUGUGUUUUCGGCUGCAGAUCCCGAGAACGUGUCAUUUGUUGCUGAAACUGAAUCUGGAGAAACUGGAGUCAUUUCGUUGACCACAGCCCACAUGCGGAGGAUGUUCGGGCGUUUCAGCGAGCUUUUGAUGGUGGACUGCAGCCAUAAGACGAACAGAUACAACUAUCAGCUGCUGACCUUCAUGAGUGUGAAUGAAUUUGGUGAAGGUUGUGUGGUACAGCAGUCGUUAAUCAAACCUAAUGGAGACUGGCAUAUGGAAAGGGCUAUAGCUCAUUUCAAACGGUCGAAUCCUACCAAGAUUGAUCAGCUUCGCGUUAUUGUAGUGGAUAAGGAUCUCAAUGAGAUCCGGGUGCUUGAGACCAAUUUCCCUGAAGCUCGCCUCCUCAUUUGUCACUUCCAUGUGAUAAAGUACUUGAAGGAGAUGCGGUCGAAACCCGACUUUGGAAAAAUUUCUGGAGAGGACGCUAGUCAGGUGGAUGCGCUUGUCCACAAGAUGGUGUACGCACGAUCCGAGGAGAACUACGAUGAAACUUGCGCGUCUUUGAAGGGGUUGUGCGAAAGAAUUGGUAUUCAGGGGUUCUGGGAAUAUUUCGACAAGAACUGGAAUAGCUGCCAAGACCGGUGGGUGAUGUAUCGGUGGCAGAACUUACCACACUUCAAGACAUUCACGGCGGUCUCUCAAGAUGACGACAUUGUGGAAGUCUGGGGGUCUACGCGUCAUUAUACUCUGCGUUUGGAUGACUGGUGUUGCGAUUGCGAGUUUUCUAUCUCAAUGAGUCUACCGUGCCGUCAUGCGAUCGCAUAUAGGAAGAAGGAGGGAGUGGCGGGGCCUUUGAUUCCUUGGAAUUGUACUCACGAGAGAUUUGUAAUAUGGACUACUCCUACCAAACAACUUAAGAAGGUGCGUCAGUUUGCCUACGAUCAGUUUCGCGGCGCUGGAACCAGGCCUGAGCCGAAGCCUUUGCGUUCUCAAGCAGAGCGUUAUCGAGAAGCUGUCAGAGCGACUCACUUGAUCGCCAAUGAACUUGCUGAUAUCGAUGAUGAGGACGAGUUUAACACAAUGCUGGAAUUCAUCUUGAGCCAAUGGCGGAACGUUAGACAAAGGAAGAUCGCUAAUACACAGGCAGAUGACGCAGAUGACGCGCGUGAGGGUAUUCAAUCUGAUUCUAAUCCUGCACGUGGAGCACAGUUCGAUGAUGCGGCUAUCAAGGCGGAAUUCGAGAUCAGCAGCAGCGGAGAUGACGAUACAGGGUCGAAUGAAGACGAAGAGAGCAUAGGCGUAGAGUCUAAGGUGAAGAUUCGUCUUAAUCCAAAGACUAGAAAGGUGGGCAGGCCCAAAAAAGACAAGUCUAAGACAGUUGUGAGCGAAAAAGUGGAUCGACAGUGGUUUGAAGCUAUGGAAAAGGGUCGCAAAACUGCUGGAGAAGUCACGUUGGAAGCGUUGUUGGCUGCUUUGCUGACUGAAGAACCCACACUCUCCGAGACACAGCGAAGAUUAUCUGGAGUUAUGGUCAAACACAACGGGGCAGACCUCAAGAAACCUCAAUUCAAGAUGCUCAAGAAUCCUGUUUUAAUCAUGGAUGCUUUCUACAUUUUACCGCCGAAACUCAUGGAUGCGUGUAUGAAGGUGUUGCCGCUGGCGAACACUCAAUCAAGCGCCAUCUCUGUGGAUGAAGACCGGACCAAGAAAAAAUCGCAGACUGAGCGAUUGACUGAGUGCGUGCACAUUAAAGGGAUUGGAACCUUUUUGCGUGCCCAAAUCGAGCUGUUCAAAAGGGUUCAAAACUUGAAGGAUACUGUUCAGCUCGGUGUCGACGCGCACAAGUGGCUACUGGAAGGUGGACUUCCAUCUCUACCCGCUGGGUAUCACGAUUUGGUUAGGAAGGUGGCAGAUGAUGUUGAAGCGACCUUUCCGUACAGGCUAAUCCCUGGACUGCCUCAGCUUGAAGACUAUCAGUACUCGCUCUUGUAUAGAGCUGUCCCUGGAAUUUGGCUAUCCGAUGCAGCUAUUCGAGCAGUAUGUGAACGCUUGGUCACUGACUUCCCGUCGUGCAGAUUUGCUGGUUUCGUACGUGCAGAGACCACAAAGAAGCGGACCCGUAACACCGACGAGAUGCUUGUGGAUUCUAUCGUUCGGAAUCGUAUUUCCACGCAAGUAGCGGAGUCUGGAGUCGAUACAGUGUUUCUCCCGCUGAAUUUUAUGAACUAUCAUUGGUGCUGUAUAGUAAUUAAGGUCCAAGCCAAGCGUAUCUUCUUCUACGAUCCGCUGAACCAAGGCCCGUACAGAAACUCCGCACUAGCUAUAGCAAACUAUCUCAAGAUCAGCGGGUUGAGCGACUACGACGUCGUCUCGCAAAAUAAUCCGCUCCAGUUCGAUGGAUCUAGCUGUGGGGUUUACGUCGCUUGGAUGUUUAUUCGUCAAGGUACGCCCGUGCCCGCACUGGAUAUGAGCAAGUUCACCCUACCAAGGCGUCGCUUUGAACUGUUUUACUACCUGCUCACGGGUCGCUUGCUCCCAAUUCAACCCGUGCAAGCUGUAGGUGGAAAUCUUGAAGAUGAAGAGAUGGAGGAGAAACCACCAGCGCCUACCAUAACACAGCAGCGCAACGAAGAAGAGGAAGUGCCGCCGACUCAAGUUUCGCUGUAG